CUCAGGUAAGGGUGAUAAUGAGUACGCCCGCAUCAUUACAUAAUGUGCUCCUUGUCUCGAUCUUCAUUACUCGUACCCGCUCCGCAUUCCAUCGUCUUUUCUCCCUUUCCAUUCAGCAGAAUUACGAGUCAUUUUGCCCUUUGAUUCGAUUCGCUAAGGCUUUUCUUUGCCUCGGCUUUUGUUGAGGCUGAGCAAAAGAUUAUGAGUUUGAAGGCUAAAGUCUGAGCCGUUGGCAGUAGAGGAAGGAGAGAGAGAGAGGAGUAGGAAUCGGAGGCCCCUUUGCUUUUCACUCCCUUCAUCUCCCCUUCGCUUUUAUCCGAUUAAGAGUAAGAAUCCGAUGAUUCGCGGUUUUCUCGUUGACCGCUCUCCUCGUUGGGGGCUGUGAAGGAUUCGGUUCUAGUUCUGCUGCUUCUCAUUCUCCUUCUUCUUUUCUCUCUCUCUCUCUCCUUUGUUGGUCCCAAGGGAGAGCGUUUAUUGGAAAUGAUUUUAGACUGCGUGUGGGAGAAAAGAAUAUGAUGGCCAUUGGUGAAGGAGGUGGAGAGGAGAUGGAGAAGAAUUUUGAGACGGAGCUCCGGCUUCAGCACAGUCCGGCGCAGAGGAGUAACAGCAUAACGUUCAGAGCUCCGCAGGAGCCGUUCACGAUUCGCGAUUUUGAAAUUGGAAAGAUAUAUGGCGUUGGCUCCUACUCAAAGGUUGUGAGGGCAAAAAAGAAUGAUACCGGAAAUGUUUAUGCUUUGAAAAUAAUGGACAAGAAGUUCAUUGCUAAAGAAAAUAAAAUAUCUUAUGUGAAGCUGGAGAGGAUUAUUCUUGAUCAAUUGGAUCAUCCCGGUGUCAUCAGGCUAUAUUUUACUUUUCAAGACACUUACUCUCUUUACAUGGCCCUUGAAUCUUGUGAGGGUGGUGAGCUGUUUGAUCAAAUAACAAGGAAAGGUUGUCUUUCUGAGGACGAGGCUCGUUUUUAUGCAGCUGAAGUUGUUGAUGUUUUGGAAUAUAUACAUAGUGUUGGAUUAAUUCAUCGUGAUAUUAAGCCAGAAAAUUUGCUACUCACCGCAGAUGGACAUGUUAAGGUUGCUGAUUUUGGUAGCGUAAAGCCAACAAUGACGAGCAAACUUACAGUCCUUCCUAAUACGACAUAUGAUAAGGCAUGCACUUUUGUGGGAACAGCUGCAUAUAUCCCUCCUGAAGUUCUCAAUUCUUCUCCAGCAAGUGGUGGAAAUGACCUAUGGGCACUUGGGUGUACGUUGUAUCAGAUGCUUGCUGGAUCUUCUCCCUUUAAAGAUGCUAGUGAGUGGCUUAUCUUUCAGAGGAUUAUGGCCAGGGAUCUUAAGUUCCCUGAUUACUUUUCAGAUGAAGCAAGAGAUCUAAUCAACAAGUUAUUGGACAUAGAACCCAUGAAAAGAAUUGGUGCUGGACCUGAAGGUUAUGCUGCCCUCAAGGCACAUCCUUUCUUUGAGGGAAUCGACUGGAAAAAUUUGAGAAAAGCGGCAGCACCUAAGCUUGCUUCGGGAUCAAAUGUGGUGGAUGAUGAUGAUGAUUUACAGGAUUCCACAUGGAACUUAUCAAAUGUAGGAGGUCUCUUUGUGCAUCAGUUGCCACCUGUUGUUGGACAUAUUAGCAGUGUUACAUCAUCUUCUGAGACACAAUCAAAUGUAUCAAAACUUGCUAAUAUCGACUCAUUUGACUCCAAAUGGCAAGAUCUCCUGGAGCCUGGGGAGAGCAUUGUUAUGACCUCGAAACUGAAGAAACUACAGAAAAUUACUAACAAGAGAGUGCAGUUGAUCCUGACUGAUAAACCAAAGUUACUGUGUGUAGAUCCCUCCAAGGUCACGUCAAAGGGAAAUAUCAUUUGGUCUGAUAACUCGGGAGACAUCAGCAUUCAUGUGUCGAGUCCCUCUCAUUUCAAGAUUUCAACUCCAAAGAAGGUAUUAUCAUUUGAGGAUAAGAAGCAGCAGGCAUUGCAGUGGAAAAGUGUUGUUGAGAGUUUUCAGAGUCACUGAACCUUUUGAGUAAAGGAAGGAAUUUCUAAGGCUAUGGUGCUCCAGAGAAAAAAAUAAAAAGAUUUAGUCAGACAAAAAGGGCCGAGUAUCCCCCUUUGGUAGUUAACCUUGCUGAAUGGAAGCCUAGUUUCUCUGCUGAUCCCCUGCAAGCAUAUAAAGUGCAUAUCGUGGUCAAAAAGCAGCUAUCACCUACGGUCAGUGGUUGUUUUUUUUUCUUUCAGUUUUCUGCUCUGUUAUGAUACACCCAUUUUACUUGGGUCUGGUGAGCGCCUGUUAGUUUUUCAGAUUGUUAAGGGAAAAGAAAAUUCAAGCCACUUUGUCUUUAUGUUUUAGCUAUUUUUUUCGUGUUGGGUGCAUUCAA